AUAUAAAUAUAAAUAAAUUCUUUAAAUUAAUUUGUGCAUCCCCUUCCCCUUCUCUUUCCUCCGCCCCUAAUCCCCUUCCCCAAUCUCCGCUUCCUCCUCUCCUUCGCCAUUAAUGGCGGCGACGAGCCAAGCGAGCCUACUGCUCCAGAAGCAGCUCAAAGAUCUGACGAGGAAUCCCGUGGAUGGAUUCUCGGCUGGGUUGGUCGAUGAUAGUAAUGUGUUCGAGUGGAACGUGACGAUCAUCGGGCCUCCUGAUACGCUCUAUGAAGGUGGCUAUUUUAAUGCAAUUAUGAGCUUUCCACCCAACUAUCCUAAUAGUCCUCCAACUGUCAGAUUUACGUCAGAGAUGUGGCACCCGAAUGUAUAUCCUGAUGGGCGUGUUUGCAUUUCAAUUCUUCAUCCGCCUGGCGAUGACCCUAAUGGCUAUGAACUUGCAAGUGAGCGGUGGACGCCUGUUCAUACGGUCGAGAGUAUUGUUUUGAGUAUAAUAUCUAUGCUUUCAAGUCCCAAUGAUGAAUCCCCAGCAAAUGUUGAAGCAGCUAAGGAUUGGAGAGAUCGGAGAGAAGAAUUCAAGAAGAAAGUACGCCGCAUCGUGAGAAAAUCCCAAGAAAUGCUGUGAAAAUCCUCGAAAAGCUUGUAGCUGAGCAAAUCUUUGCUUCUCUCUGUAACAGUAUGGGGGAUUUUAAUUGUUUGUACCGAUCACUUUCACAGCCUGUACAUAUUUCCCCUUCUGUGUCUCGCAACAGUUGUCGGUGGUCUCCUUUCUAUUUUCUUCAUUUUUUUUUUUUUUAAUCUCGGGGUCUGAAGAACGGUAUUCGGACAUUUUGCUUAUUUUGGAUGUGGGUUUGUUGAGUGGCUUGAACUGUUGAUCACUGAGGUCAAAGCUUGCUACUCCAACCCUAUAUUUAUCACAGGUCUUGUUCUUGUGUGGCUCGGGUGUGUAAGAUCCUAGUAAUUUUUGAGCUUUCGAAAAAUAUAGACCUAGUCUAAUAUGGUGGCUGAAAGUACUAUUUUAGUAUUUAUACUUUGGAAUUUGGAUGAAUCAAUAAAUUUAAGUGUUUUUAAUCUUC